AUGUUCGAUUUAUCCACUGAUUAUUUAAAUUGGAAUUGUGCAAUUUUCAAAUUGACGCACUCGGUGAAAGAUCUUGCGGAUGGAAGCAAUGAGUUCUUUAGUGUGGCCACUGAAUAUAUUCAACCCAUUGCAAUGAUUGUUCAUGAAAAUUGCUUUGAAUUGUCACAAGAAAUGCUAAACAGUGAGUGUGAAAAGAAUCGAGAAAUUCGAGAAGGCAUUCAACAAUUUAGAGAACAACAACAACAACGAAAAACCAAUCCGAGCUCAACACCCAACAACAAGAUGUAUCAUCCAAUCAUCAUCAUCAUGCUCAGCAACGACAUGUUCAACAGCAAAAUGACAGAAUUGGAUUAA